CAAAACGCUGGAGUUUCGCACGCGGAAGAGUAAAGUAGGAUACUGUGCCGAAUGGUUACAUAGAUAAGAGAACACCGGCGCGGGAGAAGAGAGAAUGAAAUAAAGACCGAAAGAGAGAAAGAGAACGCAAAGUUUGAGUCCUCCUCGUUCUCUCCCGCUACUUUGGCCUCUUUCCUUUUUGGCCCCGGAUUUGCUCGACGCGCGCGCGUAGGCACAUCUGCGACUUCCGUGUGUCGCGAAGAAAAAGAACUCGGAGAGAGAUCAGCGGAAUUUACUCCAGUGGAUUGCGAGCACGCGUCUCUCCGACCAAUCGGCCGGGCGCGUGACAGAAAUGGUGUCUUCUCCAAGUAUCAUCGCGUAUACCAGGCUCUUCGGCCUGGGAGUAACGACUUUAUGACACGAGGAAUAUUCGUACAGCGACAAGGACGUUGACGAGGGAGGAUCUCUGACGGGGUUGCAUCUGCUGUUUGAUUAAGGGAGGGAGCCAAACGGUUAACGAUAUUAAGAGGGAUCCGCAAAGUCAGAGAAGCGCGCGAGAAAACGCGAAGGGAAUAAAGUACGCAGUUGGUCCGACGAAAAGCAAAGCGCAAGCGACGGGAUGCCGAUUGACUGUUACUACUUACCACCGAGUCCACCUUGUCGCGCCGUUAUGCUACUCGCGAAGGCUCUCGGCAUCCAUCUGAACAUCAAAAUCGUGAAUGUCAUGAACGGGGAGCACAUGAAUCCGGAAUUUGUUCAGAUAAAUCCGCAACAUAUAAUACCAACCAUCGACGACAAAGGCUUUAUUUUGUGCGAGAGUCGUCCUAUUAUGGCCUAUUUAGUUAACAAAUAUGCAAAAAAUGAUUCUCUUUACCCAAAAGAUCCGAAACAAAAAGCAAUAGUCGAUCAAAUGAUGUACUUUGAUGCUGGCAGUCUCUAUCCCAGUCUUGUAAAAUGUUUUAUACCAGUGGUGCGAGGUUUGGCUUCUUCCAUUAACGAGGCAGAUUUGGAAAGAGUGCAAAAAUCAUUCGAGGUGCUCAACUCUUUUCUCGAAGGUAGAGAAUUCGCCGCCGGUGAUAAUUUGACUAUCGCUGAUUUCACUAUCAGUACAACUAUAUGUGCAAUAUUGUGUUUCGACUUUGACAUCAGUCCUUACGAAAACGUCGUCGCGUAUUACGAUCGUUGCAAGGAAAGUCUCGAGAAAUUCGGAUUUGAAGAGGUGCACGCCAUGGGUGUUAAAAUGUUUACCGAGAUCUAUCACGCGAAUUUGCAAGAAUCUAGUUAACGUGGAUAUGGCUAUGGAUAUUUUUGCGCGUUUAAAGUAGAGGAUCGAUAAUAGUUCGUUUACCUGAGAUCGAGAUUAGACAUGAAAUCUCAUUGUUACCUUAUAGAAUUUAAAUUCACUUUUUACCUUCGGGGUUUCUAGCAUUACAACAUACCCUUUUAAACCAAUUAAUGCGAAUAUUUUGAAAUAGUUUUAUUUUUACCGUGGGUAUGUAUACGUAGCCUAAUUAAUAGAUUUUUCUGUAUGUAGAACUAAUUAUAUUUUUUAAAUGUUUACGUCUUAUUUCUCAGUGUACGACACAACUUUUUGUGAAAUAAAAUUAUAAUUAUAUUCAUA